GCGUGACGUCGGAGGCGGAAGUAAACAUAAAAGGCAGGAGAUUUCAAGCUGCGUCACAAACUUUCAGACUUUGUAGAGUUCGUGUUCGGAUCUGCUCGGCCCGUCUCUCUAUCUCUCUCGGUUCGGUUCGGUUCCAGUCGGGAUGUCUGUGACAGUAAAGGCCUACCUGCUGGGGAAGGACGAGCAGGUGAAGGAGAUCCGCCGCUUCGCGGUGGACCAGGACGUUUCCUGCAGCUUCGAGUACCUGAGCCGAAAGGUGGCGGCGGUCUUCUCCAACCUGAGCGGCUCCACCUGCAGCCUCUUCUACAAAGAUGAAGAUGGAGACCUGGUGGCGUUUUCCUCUGAUGAUGAGCUGAUGAUGGGGCUGAGCUUCGUGAAGGACGCCACGUUCCGCCUCUACAUCAGAGAGAGGAAGGAGCACCGUCGGGACUUCCCUCUUCACGCCUUUCCCCCCUUCGCCUUCGGCCCCCCUCCUCCUCAUCAUCAUGGCCCCGCCCACAUGGCCCCGCCCCCCGCCGUCCACCCUAACGUGACGUGUGACGGCUGCGAAGGCACGGUGGUGGGAACUCGCUUCAAAUGCUCGGUGUGUCCGGACUACGACCUUUGCUCCGCCUGCCAGGCUCAGGGGAAGCAUACUGAGCACGCUCUGCUGCCCAUCUGGCACCCCCUGCAGCACUGGUUUCCUCGGGGGAAGUGGAUGAAGAGGAUGAGACAUUGUGGAAUGUGGAACCAGAACCCGAACCCGGAGCAGAACCAGAACCAGGAACAGGCUGGGGCUGCUAAACCUGCAGCGGACAGCAGCGCCCCCUCUGCCUCCCAGGCCAGCGUGGACUUCCUGAAGAACAUCGGUGAGGGCGUGGCCGCCAUGCUGAGCCCGCUGGGCAUCGACGUGGACAUCGAUGUGGAACACGAAGGUCAGAAGACCAAGGUGACCCCGCCCACUCAGAGCGGCGCAGAGCCAGGUGACGUAGAGAUGAACGAAGAAGGCGGAGCCAGCAACGAGGACGGAGUCAACCAAGGGUCAAAGGUGAGCCGGGACUCUGACGAGGAGUGGACUCACCUGAGCUCCAAGGAGGUGGACCCGUCCACAGGUGAGCUGCAGUCGCUGCAGCUGGAGGGCCGGGUGCCACCGGAGCCCGGGGCCCCGCAGCAGGGGCCCACCGGCCUGCGGGAGGCCGCGCUCUACCCACACCUGCCUCAAGAAGCCGACCCGCGUCUGGUGGAGUCGCUGGCGGCCAUGUUGUCCAUGGGCUUCAGCGACGAAGGCGGCUGGCUGACUCACCUGCUGCAGGCCAAGAACGGAGACAUCGGCGCCGCGCUUGAUGCCAUCCAGUACGCCAAGCAGCCCCGCCCCCACCAGUGACAUCAUCUCAGCAGCGGCUUCCUGUAGCCUGUUAGCAUUUAAUCAAUAGCUUCAGUCUGAGCUCUAUAAUCAAUAGAUUUAUUUGUUCCUUUGUUUCUGAUCAAUAAAAACUUGAAAGGA